CAGAGUGGUAGUAGAGCUGGAAUAGGACUGUGAGUACCUCAGCAAUAUUCCCAAUCUGUGGUAUCUAAACUAUAAUAGCAUUGAUAUGGAGUCCCAGGUGCUCCAGAACUUCCACACAGACUGUGAAGUUGCCAUCAAUGACCUAGUGAACAUGGAGCUGUAUGCCAACUAUGUCUACCUUUCAGGGGCCUACUUCUUUGACAGGGAUGAUGUGGCCUUAUACCACUUCAAAACAUUCUCAAAGAAUCAGUCUGAUAAGAAGCUGGAACAUGCUCAAAAAUUACUGAAAUACUUAAAUAUGAGAGGAGGCCAUAUUGUCCUACAGGACAUAAAGAAACCAGAGCGUGAUGAAUGGAGAAAUAGCCUAGAAGUCCUAGAAAUAGUCAUGAAUAUGGAAAAGAAAAUAAAUCAAGCCUUACUAAACCUGCACAAUCUAGCAAUGGAAAAAAGUGACCCACAUCUUUGUGAUUUCCUGGAGCGGGAGUAUCUAGAUGAGCAGGUGACUAUUAUCAAAUGUCUUGGAGAGUAUAUCACCAACAUGAGGAGGCUGGGAGCUCCUGAGAGUGGCCUUGGAGAAUACCUAUUUGACAAGCUCACCCUAGGGGACAGCUAUUAAAAUUUCUAUAUUGUAUUAAAAGUCUGUUCUUGCUAAUAUCACACUAUGAUAAAAGUCCUAAAGGAAAAUGAUUUUUUUGUGUUUGUGCAUGAAAAUAAAGCUUAGUAUUUAAACCAUU